CAUGGACGGACAAGAUACCUACACCAGCAAAGGUCUCCUCGACUGGGAUGAAACCGACGUUCAUCAGUGGCUUUCAAGCCUGGGGUAUCCCUAUUAUGAACGUCAGAUAAGAGACCACAAGAUACAGGGCGACACACUAUGCGUGCUGGACUCCGAGGUGCUGAAGUCUCUAGGCGUGACUUCGAUUGGCCAAAGACUCUCGAUUCUCAAGGCAGUAUACCACCUCAAACUUGACAACGAAAUGCACAUUGACGAAGAUGAUUAUGUUCCACCUGCUGAGGCGCAUGGUCCUUCUGAAAGUGUGUCGGUUCAUGAAUUGCAUUCAACAGUCAAAGACCAAGCUCAGCGCCUGCGUUCGCUGGAAGAAGAAAACAGAACACUGACAAACGUUAUGGCCUCCUUUCUGGACGAAAUGGUAAAGCUUCGGACUUCUCUUGGUCUAUCGACCGAGUCGUCAAAUGGGAUUCGAAAACAGCUUCCCUAUUCACGAAGUGACAUUCAAGCUGCUACCAGUUCUGAGACCGUUUCCAGCAGUGCAGGCUCAGAUACCAUGGUAGACCAUUCGUCGUCUGCAUAUGCAACUCCUUUAAGCCAGGACACCCCGGAUGUCACCAACAACGCGCGAGUUAGCUUGGACGACCCUACAUGGAAAGUGCUUCCAGCAGCGUUGAAGAAGCACAAUAUCAAAAACGAUGACUGGCAGAGCUAUGCAAUGUUCAUCAGCUAUGGUCCCCCAGGGAACCGGACCAAACGGCGUCUUGAACUUGAUGAGAAGCCGCUCUACCUCUUUAAAAAGCUCAAAGAUGCCAAGCAGAACCCCGCAUUCCUUCUCAAGAACAUGAAGGACCUUCGCUCCCCCUUUCCAGAUGACAGCAGGACACUAACUGCUCCAAAUUCAAAUUCGCCUUUACCCUACGCGAACAGCCCGGGACCAAGUCAAGCUCGGCGACAUCUCUACCCGACUCCGUAUCAAUCAUCGUUCACGCCCGGCUCGCAAAUCGAGCAAUA